ACUUUUAGACUGAGCAUGGUGAAAGGCGGUUAUGAUCUGUCAGAUCGACCAAAUUUCCCGGGAGAGAAGACAUGCCAAAUGUCUGAGAUUCUUGACGUUUCGGAGAAUUCAAGUAAAGAACAAGUUGGUGGAUCUGUUGUUUCUGCUGUUGUUUCAAAAAACGACGAAAGUUUACAAAUGGAUGCGGAAGAUAUCCUUCCUACACCGUCAUUUUCAAUGCACCAUUCUACUGGUGCUAGUAAUACUCCAUACGUUGCCUCUUCACCUUUUGCUUCAAAGUUGCUAUCAUUCGAACAACGUGAAAUUCAAUCCAAUGAACGCGAUGUUGAUGUCGACUUUUUCUCACAUUUACUGAUCUUUUAUAUGAUUAAGGAAGAUUGGGCAAAAGCGCGCCAGUGUCGUCUCCGCGCCGAAAUAUCGGCAACAAAUAUCAAUCUGAAUACACUCAUGCUUAUCUGUCAUCAUCUGGAGGACGGUGAUACUGGAGUUGCUCUUCGUCUGAUGAAGAAUUCACACUUUGAGAAUCCAAUCAAAGAUCUGGUAACGGAAGUACAUAAGCGAAUCAUUUUAUCGGUGUUACGAAUGGUUGAACAUACGUAUAUUAAUAUUGAAGCAAAAAAAUUAAUUGAAAUGCUUGAUGCAGACUCAAAUAACGAAUUACAGAAGAUUUUGAAUCGAAUAGGUUGGCAACUGAAGGAUGGUUAUGUGAUACCAAAAAUGACAUCUCAGUUAGUGCGUGAGAUUAAGGACCUGGAUGCUUCACCAUAUGGACCGAUCCCGCAAGCAUUUACUAAAGUAACCUGUGGAAUGAUCAAAGGCACUGUUGAUAUUAAUAAGCUCAUUCAGUAUGCUACAUUUUUGGAAAUUAACACUUAGUAAUUAUUUUUUCAGUGACAAGUUUUCUUACGUGACUUUCUUUUGAUUCCGUCCCACUUUUCUACAUAUUCAGAAAUCAUUUUCGAAUAAAACAUUGG